UGUCUUGAGGGCGUCUGUUGUCUCUGCUCUACUUCAUUUCCCGGAGCUCACCCUUCCCGCCGGCCGGAAGAGCAGGGAUCACCACAACCAGACACGACCAGCCGACCUCCCAGCAUAUACAUUCCACCCGCAGCCUCGGCCAGCUUAAGGCCUAACAUGACUGUAUUCCGUGCCGGGCAUCGUAUCUCUCCGUCCAUGCCGCUCCCCGUCAAUGGGGAUCGGACAGGCCUGAAACCGUGUAUUCUAGCCUACCACACAGGCAUAGAGACAGACGAGACUGGCUGGCUGGCUGGCUGGCUGGCCGAGGGUGUAUGCAAAGCCGUGGGAUGCGACAGAUUGCUUGCCCAUGACCAUUCUAAACCUUUGCUAACUAUCUCUGCUGUCAUUUCCAUCACCUACUCGCUGGUCUUGCCCACUUCUCCCCCAGCAUCAUCCCUAACCUGCCCACAUUCUACCAGACGAGUCGUCGCCCUGUUCGCUAGCCUAUCGAAACAGCUGCUUCAUGGCACCGAGCUGCUGCCUCUACAACCAGCAUUCUCUACUCUUCUCCCACCCGCUCUCCCAACCAUCAAUACAAUCACACACUAA